AUGGAUAAUUAUUGUGAUGCUACUACUGCUACUACUGAAUCCGACAUGACACUUUCGGACCUUAUUCAACAUUACAUGCAUGAUGAUGAAGCCAAUGCUUUGAACAAUAAUGUGGAAGGUGCUAAAGCACAAAAAGAAGUUCCGAAAUGGACGAGGUACAAAGGAGUGAGGCGUAGGGCACAUGGAAAGUUUGCUGCUGAGAUAACAGACCCAAACAAAAAUGGUAGGGUUUGGCUUGGGACUUAUGACACUGAAGAGGAAGCUGCUUUGGCCUAUGACAAUGCUGCUUUCAAGAUCAGAGGCUCCAAAGCCAAGCUCAAUUUUCCUCACCUCAUUCCACCCAAGCUGCCAUUGGAUGCUUCAAUUGCAAGUAGCCAGAUGAGUGACCCUCCUUCUUCAUCAUCCACAUUUGAGGAUGGUUUAGAAGGAUCCAAGAAAACGAAGGGGAUAGCUGGUUUGCUAAAUAAAUUAGCCCAUGAACGAAAUAGAGUUUGA